AUGGAAAGUAUAGGACCAAUAGUAGGGAAAGACCCCAUUAUAGUAUUUAAAACAGGGAACAAUAUUAAGAAAAUAGUAGAAAGCAGUGAAUAUAGGAAUAAUAAAGAAAAUAUAAAGAUGGGUACAAAAAGAUGUGGAACAUGUGGGCAGUGUCAAUACAUCAAUGAAGAUAAAAGUGUUAAAUUAGACAACAUCAUGAAAAGUAUAUGGAAAUUUAGAUCAGGGUAUAAUGUGCACUAUUUUGCUCCCCGCUAUGGUACUGUGGGGCGUCUCACAGAAUCUAAGCCCCAGGCAGUUUCGUAUUCGGCCUCCAACCAAAUUCCUGCUGUGUACUCUCCUGUUUAUGACCGUCGGGUGUUCACGGUUACCCGUGAUUAUGUCUCACCUUUUCCAGAGAAUGAGUUAUGCCAGGGUGACCAAGAGGGUGCUUCGUUAACUGUCUUUCAAGAGAAAGAGGAUGAAAAAGGAUCAACUACUGAGAGAGUUGAGAGCCCCAAAGAACAAGUGGGAGAAGGUUCUCCAGCAGGUGUCCCUGAGGAAAGCCCCAUCCCAGAGUGCAGCCAGACGCAAAUAACACCUAAACUGAAUGGCCCGAAACUGAACUCCCGUAGGUCACCCACAUAUCGAUUUCAGUUCUUGGAACAGAAGUAUGGCUACUUUCAUUGCAAGGAAUGUAGUACCAGGUGGGAAAGUGCUUACGUGUGGUGUAUUUCUGGGACCAAUAAGGUUUACUUUAAGCAGUUGUGCCGCAAAUGUAUGAAAGGUUACAACCCUUACAGAGUUGAAGCUAUCCAGUGUCAGACUUGUUCAAAGACUCAGUGCAGUUGUCCUCGCAAGAAAAGGCAUAUUGAUCUGAAGAAACCACAUCGCCAAGAAUUGUGUGGCCGUUGCAAGGGGAAGAGCCUAUCUUGUGACAAUACCUAUAGCUUUAAUUACAUUGUCUAACUUAAUUAUCC